AUGAAUGCUGGCUCAUCUUGGAAUCAAGCCCAGCAUUCAAGGACUUCUUCAGGAAGAAGGCAGAGUAAGAGCAGAUCCCAGGGACCCCACGUCUCUUCCCACCUGGGAGGGAGCAGCCUCCUGGGCCUCUCCCAGCCUGCAGCAGAUAAACGCACGGGAGCCAUUUCCCCGGAGGGAAGGCAGGAGCAGACUGCGCUUAGCUCCAGGUGUCAGGCUGCCUCUGGACGCAAGCUGUUCCUUGACUUUCAGUCCAUGAAGAUCAUUAAGGAAGGCGCUGAUGAGGACAGUGCCAGUGACCUGUCAGACUCAGAACGAGUGGCCGUUCCCCCUUCCCCCUUCACGCCUCCUGACCUCAACCUUCGCGCGGAAGAGAUUGACCCAGUUUCCUUCAAUCUUCACCCAGACCCGAGCCAGGCAGAAGCUGAACACUGCUACCCUGACUUUCUUCCACCCCCGUUCAGCUCCUGGGACCUCCAGGAUAUGGCUGUGGUUCUGAACACAGAAUGCCGGAGUGAGGCCCUGCCUCGGGCCACAGGCUUCCUUGGGAAGUACAUAGACAGACUUCUUCAGCUGGAGUGGCUGCAGCUCCAAACUGUGCAGUCGGAGAAGGCCCGAGCUGCCAAGGCAAGGUCCUCUGGGGCUUCUGGGAUGCUGAAAAGCCCUAGACGGGGUAAGCUCCCCACCAGUGCACCGUCCAAGCCUUUCCUGUCCCCAGAAGGGAUUCCAAAGCCCGGCCCUUCUCGAAAGAAAGGUUUUCAGUUUGAAGAUGCCCACCCGUCCUACUACGCAUUUGAGACUUCAUCUAGAUCUGUGGAUGGGCCUACUCGCCCCAGGCUGUGUUCUCAGAAACAAGGCCCAGAGCUGAGGAUAGAAAAGAAGAAGAAAUCAGGUAAGGGCCCCAAAUUUCAUCUCCGCGCUCCACCCCGUGUGGAAGGCAGCCCUGCAAUGGAAGCCAACGGUAACAUUCGAAUUCCCAAGCAGUCCACAGUGCUUCUGGACCCAACGGACUCCUGUAGGGCCUCCAGGGCACAAGCACACUUGGACCUGAAGAAAAAGGGAAGUGCAAAUAACUGUGGUCCUGCCUCUUCUUCCAGUGAGAAGAAGCUCAAAACAAAUGGAGCAAAGCAAAGCGCGUAUAAGUUCAAGUGACCCCUGAGGUAAAGACUCGCAAAGACCCGCAGAUGUCUAAAAGUGGGGAUUCAUCCCAAAGUAAUGGUGAAUUUAAAUCUGUUUGUGAUAACUGAGUCAAGUUGCCGGCUGGC